AUGGCGGAGAGCCCGGCGGCCGAGGACGCGGCCCCGGCCCCGGCCGCGGUGCUGGCGGCGGGCGGCGGCGGCAGCGCCUCCCCGAGCGCCGCCGGCUCCGCGGGCACCCCCGGCGUGUUCAUCCCCGCCGAGCUCUGGGCGGCCGCGGGCUUCGGCGCGGCCGCGGCGCCCGGCACCGGCGUGGCCCCCGGUAGCGGCGGCGCCCCGAUGGCGGCGGCGGCGGCGGGGGCCGCGCUCCUCACGCACUCCGCCUUCUGGGACCCCACGGUCAGCGGCGACUGGGACAGCGAGCGGCCCAGCCCGGCCUGCCUGCUGCGGAUCAAACGGGAUAUCAUGUCCAUCUACAAGGAGCCGCCCCCGGGCAUGUUCGUUGUGCCCGACCCCCACGACAUGACCAAGAUCCACGCGCUGAUCACGGGCCCCUUCGACACCCCGUACGAGGGCGGCUUCUUCCUGUUCCUGUUCCGCUGCCCGCCCGACUACCCCAUCCACCCGCCCCGCGUCAAGCUCAUGACCACGGGCAACAACACCGUCAGGUUCAACCCCAACUUCUACCGCAACGGCAAGGUCUGCCUCAGCAUCCUGGGCACGUGGACAGGCCCGGCCUGGAGCCCGGCCCAGAGCAUCUCGUCGGUGCUGAUCUCCAUCCAGUCGCUGAUGACCGAGAACCCGUACCACAACGAGCCCGGCUUCGAGCAGGAGCGGCACCCCGGGGACAGCAAGAACUACAACGAGUGCAUCCGGCACGAGACCAUCCGCGUGGCCGUGUGUGACAUGCUGGAGGGAAAGUGCCCCUGCCCCGAGCCCCUGCGGGGCGUGAUGGAGAAAUCCUUCAUGGAGUACCUGGACUUCUACGAGGGCGUCUGCAAGGAGAGGCUGCACCUGCAGGGCCAGACCAUGCAGGACCCGUUCGGGGAGAAGCGCGGUCACUUCGAUUACCAGGCGCUGCUGGGGCGGCUGCAGGCGCUGCGGGCGCGGCUGCAGGAGCGGCAGCAGCAGCAGCAGCAGCAGGACAGCGCCGACAUGGACUCGGAGAGCAGCUCCUCGGAGGCCGAGCCCGAGCCCCCCGGCUGCCCCCGCGCUUAGCGCGGCCCGGCCCGGCCCGGGACUGCGGCACAGCCGGGCCGGGGCGGGGCAGCGGCGGCGCCGCCUCCUCCUCUUCCUCCUCCUCCUCCUCCUCCUCCUCCUCCUCAUGCCCGCCUUCAUCCCCGCCUCCAUCCGCCCCGAGGAGAAUCCCCCAAACUCCAGAGACAAAGCCCAGCUCGGGACAGGCUCCUCUCGGACAAAGGUACUUGCUGGCAUGUUGGCAUCAGGUUGUUUUUGGGGUAUUUUGGACAACACCUGCACUGGUUGGGGUUUAUUUUUUUUUUUGUUGUUUCUUUUUUUUUUUCUUUUUUUUUUUUGUUUUUUUUUUUCCAGGUUUAUUUUUUAUUUUUUUUUCCUUCCGUUCGAUUAAAGAAUGAGCUCUAGACUGCAAAUCCUUGAGAGCUUUUGUGCUCCGGGGCAGGGCUGGGGAGAGCUGGGGCCUCCCUGGUGUCUCUCUUCUAGGCAAACCAAAGAAUUCAGGAAUUGUUCCCUGCUGGAAUUUUGGGGCUCCCCCUCCCCAGAGCUCUGCUCCAGCCUUUGGAGACUUCAUGUGGAGAGAGUGGGAGCUGCAGGAAUCCAUGGAUUUGUGCGCCCUGGAGGUUUGGGCAAAGGGAGGACGAGAUGAGAUUGUUUUGUUUGGUGGCGUUUUGAAUUUUCAGCCUUUUUUGGGAGGGGGUCUCUCCUGCUUGGAGCUGUGCUGGAAUUCUCUGCGGUGUCCCCCUGCUGUCCCCACCCAUGGGACGCUGCCAGCGGGCUCUGGGAUGGACAAACCCAAUCCUUUGCCAAAUCUGGUGAAAUUCUGCGGUUUUGGGGCUGCCCAGAGCCCGUUUUUGGGAGAUGUGUGCUGAGGGUGGCACGGGGAGGUGGCGGUGGCAGCGCCAGCCCGGCCUGGAGGGGACGAUUCCCACUGGAGCGGGAGAUGGAGGAUUCAUUGUCACUGUAGGGAUGUGAAAUUGCAGCAAAUCCUGCCCAAAAUGCAGCAAAUCCUGCCCAGAAUGCACCAAAUCCUGCUCAAAAUGCAGCAAAUCCUGCCCAGAAUGCACCAAAUCCUGCCCAAAAUGCACCAAAUCCUGCCCAAAAUCCGGCACCAAAUCCUGCCCAAAAUCCUGUCCAAAAUCCACCAAAUCCUGCCCAAAAUCCUGUCCAAAAUCCGGCACCAAAUCCACCAAAUCCUGCCCAAAAUCCACCAAUUCCUGCCCAAAAUCCUGCACAAAAUCCACCAAAUCCUGCCCAAAAUCUGGCACCAAAUCCUGCCCAAAAUGCAGCAAAUCCUGCACGAAAUCCGGCACCAAAUCCUGCCCAAAAUGCAGCAAAUCCUGCCCAAAAUCCUGCCAAAAUCCUGCCCAAAAUCUGGCACCAAAUCCUGCCCAAAAUGCAGCAAAUCCUGCACGAAAUUCUGCCCAAAAUCCAUCAAAUCGUGCCCAAAAUCCUGCCCAAAUCCUGCCCAAAAUCCACCAAAUCCUGCACCAAAUCCUGCCCAAAAUCCUCCACCAA